GUUGUUAAUUUUGUGUUCAUUGUAUUCCUUUGUCUCUUUCCUUGGCAGCAAGGCCUUUCUACCCCUGAGGCAAAGAAGUGCCAUGCUUUCUUUGCAGUGCAGUAAGAAAUGCUGUGGAUAUUGUACCGUGGUCGCGAUACUGAUUAGCCACACCAGGCACUCUACAAGUAGCGUUCACUGCCUUGUACAAAGAUUAAGAGAGAAUUGGCAUGAUAUAUAUGUAUAUGGGGUUGGCACGGCAAUGGAGAUGGGAUUGCCUGGUUCUAUUCUGUUAUUGUGGAUUUGGUUGAGGCAUUGCCACUGCCCUUGCUAUUGGCAAUUGGAGAGAAGGAAUCCGAUCCUAAGGAUAUCUGAAUAUUCAAGCUGCGAGCACAUUGUCCAGGGUGUUCACAAAUAGACAUAUUCCAACAAGAGCAUGGGUGUACAGACACAAAAGACUGAAUAGCGCGUAUAGACU